AGGGGUCCAUGGGCAGAGGAUCCCGGCGGCCCACACGGCAGGGCAGAGGCACUUCUGGGUCUCCUCCUCUUCCCUUCGGCGACUCCCAGUCUAGGUCCUGGACAUGAGACCCUCGCACCUCCACCUCUCCGCCGCCUCUGGUGCCCGGGCCCGGGCGAAGCUGCUGCUGCCGCUGCUGAUAGCGCAACUCUGGGCCGCAGAGGCGGUGUUCCCCAGAAACGACACGGAUUUGGACCCCGAGGCCUUUAGCGCCCCGUGCGCGCGGGGCUCUCAUCCCUGGCAGGUCUCCCUCUUCAAUGGCUUUUCGUUCCACUGCGCGGGUGUCUUGGUGGACAAGAGUUGGGUGCUCACGGCCGCGCACUGCGAGAACAAAAAGCCGCUGUGGGCUCGAGUUGGGGAUGACCACCUGCUGCUCCUCCAGGGUGAGCAGCUCCGCCGGACCUCUCGUGCUAUUAUUCAUCCCAAAUACCAGCACGGCUCAGGCCCCAUCCUGCCUAGGCGGACAGAUGAGCAUGACCUCAUGCUGCUGAAGCUGGCCAGGCCCGCUGUGCUGGGGCCUCGCAUCCAGACCCUGCGCCUGCCCUCCACCUGUGCUCAGCCGGGAGAUGAGUGCCAGGUCGCUGGCUGGAGCACCACAGCCUCCCGCAGAGUGAAGUACAACAAGGGCCUCAGCUGCUCCAGGGUCACUAUCCUGAGCUCCAAAGAGUGUGAUGUGUUCUACCCCGGCGUGAUCACCAACAGCAUGACGUGUGCAGGACUGGACCAGGGUCAGGACCCCUGCCAGAGUGACUCCGGUGGUCCUCUGGUCUGUGACGAGACCCUUCAAGGCAUCCUGUCCUGGGGCAUUUACCCCUGUGGCUCUGCUCAGCAUCCGGCAGUCUACACGCAGAUCUGCAGAUACACCUCCUGGAUAGAGAAAACCAUUCGCUCCAACUGACUCAGAGGUCCUGCGAGUCCUUCUCCACCUGCCAUCCCCCGCCCCAUUUGAACCUCUGCCGCCCAUCCACACCUGCUAACAUCUCUCCUCUUUCUUCAUCCCCCUGCCCACUGCUGUUCUCUGCCCACAAUAAAGCUGGAGUACAGAAAACUGGAGCAAAGUUUUGUUCAAGACAGGCGAGGAAGCUGGUGACCACCCAGUCUCUGAGAGAAGUGAUCACCCAAUCUGGCUUCCUCUACCACUCCCUGCUGUGUGAACUUAGGCAAGUGAAGUACCCUCGCGGGGCCUCAGAUUCCUCACCUGGAAAAUGGGAGCAAAGACGUGCCUGCCUUAUAGACAUGUGAGGACACUACGAUGUGUGUGCAUAGAUCAUUAUUUCUCAGUAAAGCAUUACCACAGUGGGUGGUCAGC